CUAUAUUUACACAAAAAAUGGCUGAAAACGUAAAUAUAGAUCUCUCAGGUGAAAUUAAUGCUACGACAGAGAAAAGGGGAUUACAAAAACUUCUUCAACAUGUAAGAAGUGGUGCAGGGCCUGCGUUGGUAAUGGGAGUGUUAUCUUCACGCAGAGCUUGGACGCAAUUUGUUGCUACUGAAAACUUUAAAGUGCCCCCUUCUAUACCAAGAUUGUCACGAAGAUUUUACCGAAAUGUUGAAUAUUUUCAAGCAAAUUACCUGAUUAUAUUUUUGGGUUUAUUUGCUUAUUGCUUAAUAACAUCACCAUUGCUUUUGAUUGCCAUGGUUGCAAGCUUUUUUGGAUACAAAAAACUUACCUCAGGACCUAAUACUUGGAAGAUUGGUGGAUGGGAAUUGAGUAAGACACAACAGUAUGCAGUGGCAGCCGCUGGAUCUAUGGCUCUUUGUUGGUUAGCAGGCGCCGGGGCUGUCCUAUUCUGGGUAUUAGGAGCCACAGUGACGGUAGUAGCUUUGCAUGCAAGUUUCUUCGAUGCAGAGACCUUGCCCGCUCCAACGGACCAGUUCCCAAUGGUCGAGCAAGUGUGACACGGACACUUACCGCUGUUCCUACCACCUCCGGUCGGUUUCACUACAGGCUGGCAGCAAAAUAAUCGUACUCUCGACCAAAACGAUGUUAUCAAUUAAUGUAAUAGAUAAUAUAGUUGU